AAUUUUGAGCAAUUUAAUUAUCCAAAAAACUUUAUGAACGAAUUAAUAGCUUUAUACAAAUCCGAAUCUUGUAUGUAUCGAAUUAAAGAAUGUAUUUUUGAUCAUUAUUUUCAUAUAAAGUACACUGAAGGUAUUCAAGUUAUGCAAUUCAAUUUCCGUAUUAGCUAUUUCAAAAAUAAGCAAAUGAUUGCUUUUUUUUCUGGAUAUGGAAAUAUAGCUCUGUAUUUAAUAGAAAAUGGUCUGGAAAUUAUUCGUAAAGAUUUAGGAAAAGAUACCAAAAUAAUUGGUUGCGAAUUUAAGGAUGAUAACAAAUUAAUGAUAAUUAAACAAGAUAAGAUUCCUGGUAAAAAUUUAGUUGUUACAAAAUCAGAUGAAAUAAUAUCUAUAUAUGAUCGUAUACUAAAAAUAGAUAAUAAGACAAAAGAAAAUCAAAGUUUUCUACCAGAAUUAGAAUUAUACAAAGAUGAACCAUGGAUAACUGAUGAUUAUAAAAAGAAAUGGAUAUAUCUUGAUCAAGAAGAAUCGAUACAGUUAUAUAUUGGAAAAUGCACAGUUCAAAAAAUUUUAUUUCUUGAAUAUUUUUGGACGAACGAAGAUGAUGAUAAUGGAAUAUUACAAAUAGUAGAUUUAUUUGUUUAUGAAAGUGGUUUUUCUCUUAAAUUAAAAAAUAAUAAUAAUUAUAUUGACCUCAAAUGGAUAGAUAAAGAUGCUAAUCAUAAGGAUUUAAUGAGGCAUGCUUGUAUUGGCAUUGAAUAUUUAAAUGAUCAAAGAAAUAAAUUUGUAGGAUAUGAGAACCAGCAUGAUAUUCACUAUAAUCUUAUGACAAGUAUUAUAAUUGGUGGCUCAGAUACUCUUAUUAAAUGUAUUUUAUUUGGUGAUGAUGUAGUAAAACAUACAAAUUUACAUAUACCAAGAAUAACUCGAUGGACUGAAUCUAAAAAUAAUUCAAAUAAAAGUGAUCUGCAGACCAGUACGGUACGGUACGAUUCAAAUUUCCCGCGAAAAAAUACUGAUCUGCAUAAUCGUACCGUACUGGUCUGGCGAAUCGUACCGUACCGGUUUUCCAUAUACUCUUUGCAAAUAGCUAUUAGAUUGUGUAAACCUGGUCUUGAACGUAACCGUAAAAUUUUGGUUGUAACUUAUUUACUUGAAUAUUAUUUGAAAAAUGCAACUGAACAUCAUGGAUGGUUAAUUACUAUUUCAAAAGCAAUACCAGAUUUAUAUUCCUAUAAUUUAGAGUUUUGUAUACCCGAAAUAUUUUAUAAAAAAUGCAUGGAAGGUAUAGAAGUAUCAGAUAUUCCUGUACACAAAGAUAUUAUUAAAAAUUUUAAUAUUGCAAAAUAUAAGUUCAUAGCAUUUAAUUCAAUCUCAAAACCUAUUUCAACAAGUGAGCUACAAUUUAAUUUUAAAGCUCUAGGAAAGGUUUUGAAGUUAAUAUUAGAAAUAAGUUACAAAAUAUUUCUUUAUACAAAUCAUAAAUUUCCUUCAACAGUAAAAAUAGUUCCUUUACAUAAUUUUACUGUUGAUAAUAGUUUAACUUUUGAAACGAAUAAUUUUGAAACCUCCUAUCUCCAACUUAUUAUCAAACUUUUGAAAUUAAUAUUUAUCCCUCGAGGUUAUUAUCGUCAUGCACAAUCUAGUCCAUUUGUAGAUAUAAUUAGAAAUGAAAGUAAUAAUGAUAUAUUUAAUAACCCUGUAAUGGAAGCUGUAAUUGAUUAUAAAUGGAAACCAGCAAGGAACUAUUUACUACAACUUUUUGUUCUUUAUAUUUUAUUCGCAGCUUGUUUUGCAGCAAUUUGUGGGACUUAUUUAUUAGUUGUAGAAUACAGACAGUUUCAUCAUCAUGGUUGGAAAUAUUACUUCAAUCUUUUUAAUUGUGUGGAUUUAGCAUCAAUUAUCGUAGCAGUGAUUGUAAUGUCAGUUUAUGUCACUCCUUCAUUUGAUACGAAAAAAGCAUUUGCUAAUGUUAUAACGACUCAAGAAAUAACCAUCGCGAUUUCUUUUACGAUGUUAUUAUUGUGGUUUGAAUUUAUUUUAUACCUUCGGGGAUUAUUUCUUUUAGAACCAGCGAAAUAUAUCUAUAUUAUGCUAAAUAUUAUUAAUGAGACUUGGGUAUUUCUUGCUUUUAUGCUUCUUGUGAUGGCAGGAUUUGCACAUAGUUUUUUACUAUUAUUACAAUAUCCCGAUUUUACAAACCUUACAGAAGAAACAUCAUCAUCUACAUUAAUUACGGGUGAUUCAAACUUCAAAAUUCAAAAUGAUUUUGAUCGAAUUGAAGAUAACCCAGCUAAAAAUUUCAUUACCUCAUUUCUUUCAACAUAUAAUUGGUUAAAUGGUGUAUAUUUACAGGAUGAUGUAUGGAAUUUAUGGGCAGUAACUUUUAUUACUUUUUUUGGUAGUUUUUUUUUAGUAACCAUUUUGCAAAAUAUGUUUAUUGUUUUUAUGGGGGGUGUGUAUUCUAAUGCAUAUGAGAAAGGUCGUGUUACUUUAUUACGAUUUCGUGCAGAAAUAAUUUCAGAUUAUGAGGCAUUAGAUAAGAUAUAUUUCUAUCCUCCGCCACCAGAACCAAAAUAUAUUUAUUAUGUUG